CCUGCUAUAUAUACGCAGUUACACGCGCGCGUGUCUCCCCCAUCCUCUAUCAACUCGUCCAUUUGGUCGCUUCUCGCCGAAGAAUCGUUGUUUUGCUACUGCGAAGAAGGAAGCAUUAGAAGUGCUCUCGUGCUUUGGAGCUGCUUCACGGAGCGCUUAGCCCCAACCCUAACCCUAAACUCUGGUCAAAUUUCUCCCGUCGGUCUCCAGCUUUCUCUCUCGCAACCGUCCUUCGGUUUAAGCCUCCCUCGCGAAACUGAUGGCGACCAAACCACUCACCCAUGAAGAGAUCGCCAAUACAGAGAAGAAACUGGACAUGCCCUUAGAUGACAUCAUUAAAAUGUCAAAGACUUCUACUGCAAAGCCAAACAAGCAACGCAGGGCUCCGAACAAAAACCAGAGGAUGUUUAACAAUUCUGCUCAAGAAAAAGCCUUGAAGGUGCAGAAAUAUAUGGCCUCUAGGCCGUUUGUUCGACAGGGGGCUUUAGCUCAGAGGAGGUCAAAUUUCCAGGGUAACCAUUUUCCUAUAGCAAAAGAUAUUGCACAAAAGGCUGCAGUUGCUCCCCUUCGUAAUAGACCGUUCGAGCGUAAUUUGAUGUCCAAUCCAAACAAAGCAAGGGAGGGGUCUUUCAUGGUAAGGAGGGGUGAAAAUGGUGCUUUCACUGCAAAGCCACCUCAAAGCCAACAGCAGCAUGGGAAUGGAGGCAUGAAGCAGAGGCCACAGACUCUGGAUGCUAUGUUUGCUAAUAUGAAGGAGCAAAGGAUGAGGGCCUUGGUGCAGCAGAACAAUGCUGUGCGACAUAACAAUGGCGUGCAGCAGCAGAACAAUGCUGUAAGACAUAACAAUGGUGCGCGUGCGCGGCAGAACAGUGGCGUACGACAGAACAAUAACAAUUGGGGACAACGGAAUCGGAACACCAGCAGAAUAGGGGUUCCAUGGGCAAGGAAUCAUUUUUCUUGAGCCAGUCAGCGCUAUUGAAGGAACCCAUCACAACGUUGAGGUGUUCCAUUCUAGUUCUUUUGUACAUGGUUUUCUGACUUUCUCCCCUAUUGACUUGAAUGCUGCGGGAAGUAGAUGAUAAUGCUGUUGUUAGCUGUUUGGUUUGUACUUCUGUCGUCAGGUUCUGUUUUCCAUUUGCUUGUAAACCAUACUCUUUUCUUCUCAGUCCUCUCUAUUCAUUCGAGCUGGAGAUUUGUCAGUUUAGUCCAUUUUUUCGGCAGUUGAAAGGCCUUUUCCGAAUUCAUACAUCCAUAUUAUGCAUGUAUAUU